GAGGAUCCCUCUCCCCGGGUGGACAGAAGCAAUAGAUGUCAUGUUUACAGAAGGAAGCAUUAAAGCAUGACAGAGAUAUAUUAUUCACACAUUCAAUGAGUAUGACAGUGUAUGAAUAGUUUGUAGUAGGCAUGGACCACGAUCCAGACCUGCAUGAUCCAUCAGGCAGAUGGAGGUAGAGAGGAGGAGUGGGCGGAGCACAUCAGCAGGGCCAUGGCAUCAGACCCAGCCUGGUCCAAUGUACCCUAUGAGACGUGAUCAUAUCUAAUAUCAAUCUGCUCAUCUAACUCUAGUAGUUCAUCUAUGAUAUCGAUCUGCUCAUCUCACUCUGGUAGAUCGUAUCUAUGAUAUCGAUCUGCUCAACUCACUCUGGUAGAUCAUAUCUAUGAUAUCGAUCUGCUCAUCUUACUCUGGGUAAAAAAGCCAAAAGUGAACUUUGUGUACUUCCCAAACUGUCUUCCUAAUGAUCUUCAGAGCUAACAUCCAACAAAAAAAAAGGCUGAGCAAAUGUUAUCUUGGCAACCAAAAAGUCUUAAUGGUUUAUAACUGAUCUAUAGAGCAUUAGUACACUUGUUAUUAAACAUCAACAACGAUUUGGGGCUGCCACCCAUCAUUAUUUUCAUUAUAAAUUAUUUGAGGCAGGUCAUUUUCUCCAAAUUGACUGAUUGAUUAUAGAACUUACAUUCAAGGCGUCUCAUUAAACAAUGGUACCAAUAAUGCCAUAUGGAUUUAACGUUUCGCUCGGUAUUAUUAAAAAAGAGGGUGGAUAUCAUUCAUUUGAGUUAUUAUUGAUAAGAAAUGUUCAUAUCCUGACAUUUUCCUCACACAUCAACAGGCCCGCAUAUAUGGAGAGACCUGCUAAUUCUUUAUUUAUGUCUGGAGGCUUGUAUCAGGAACAGGCAGUGCUCUGCAGCAGUGUGAGAGCCAGCCCAGACUUAGAGCUGCAGUCUAUGUUUUAGUAAUGUAUCAUCCUAGACGCUACAUGACACACAGCAGUAUGACUCUUCACCUGCUCACAGCCGCCGUCUCUCACCCGAGGCGCUCUGCUUUCAUGCUGUCUGCUUUACUGACAGAUACUGGAGAAAAGGGGGUCAUCCUUACUUCUGUAGAGAUGAGGUGGUGUGUAGCUGUAGGACACACACACUCUUGUCCCUGAUGUACAGUAUGGUCUGGGAGUCGUUGGGAGUUAGACGUGUUAGACAAUAGACAGCCAGCAAACCAGUGCAGAUGUCACUGGGUUGGCACUCAGGAGUGUGUGAGUGUGUGGUUGUGUGUGUGUGAAUGUUUAUAUGUGUGGCUGCCAAAAGAAGGUCAUCUUAUCCCCAUCUUAAAGAAUGAUAGAAAACACACACUUACUUAAGAUCACAUCCUACCAAUCACAAAAUGGCCUCAGUCCCAGUUUAACUCAGAAUUAAUGUGGGCCAAACCAGUGUGUGUGUGUGUGUGUGUAUCUGUGUGUGUGGGAGUGUGUGGGUACAAGGGGGUGGUACAGUUGAAGGGGGGCAACUGGACAAAGUCUACAUUCCCUUACAUGUGGCCUUGGUCUUCACACACACAGUGUGUGUGUGUCACACACAUAGGUCCACACAGUGCGUGUGUUUUAGAGAGCCAUUAAAAAUAGUGUCUCUUUCACAUUCAAGUAAAAGUACAAAAAUAGGUUUUAUCAGAUAAAUUUACGCUAUAAGCUCACACAAGUGAAAGUACUUAUACCGUAAAAUGCCUCUUUUGACAAUGUGACAGCAUUUUCGGGCCCCUCCAAAAGGUCAUAGGAUACAUGUGAGGGGUCAUGAGAUGACGAAUGGGAGAGGACUAAACUAAUAUCAAACUAAGUUCUGCAGUACAAAUCUGUUUUCACUUUUGGACUUUUCGAGAAUAUUUUGCUGUUAUAUGUGAAAUUUGGGCCUCAAACAGUUAUUCAAUGAGAAGUUUGUAGGGUAAAGCGUAUUUUGGGUGGAACUGCUCAACUCAUUGACUUAUGUAAUUAUACUGUUUAAAAAAAGUUAUCAUAUGAUUUGAAUUCAAUAUGAUUUAUUAUUAAUCUGCAAAUUAAAUUGUAACGAUAGCAGUAAGAUGCAUAGAGUGGAGUAAUAAUAUUUGCCAUUGAAAUGUAGAGUUGAAUUAUAUAGUAACUCAAAAUUGUACAUGCUUAUUUUCCCUCCCACAGUUGUUGCAUGUGAGCAAGUUUAACAGCAGUAAAUAGUAUUAUAUAUCGGCUUGAUAUUACUGUCAGAUCAAACACCUACACUCCCGUCAGCUCAUUUGAUGAAAUAAUAUGAGGCGUCUUGCUUGUCAACUCAAAGCUUCAUAGAUUGUAGACAUUUAUUGUUAAGAAAGUGGCAGAUACGCUCACUAUCUACCACUGCGUGGCUACUGAAAGCGUUUCAAACGCUAGUCAGGUGAUAGACUUGAGGGCAAAGGUAAUCCAGCAGCACCCUCCCUCAUUUUGUUCAGUGAGUACAGUCAAGUUGUUGAAAUAUGGUUGAAUCUUGGUCGGGAGCGUUGACAUGUUCAGUUACAUAAUUGUUUAUUUAGCCUUAAAACUACUGUAUGGCGGCUCUGACAUGUGUAUCAAAGUUCAAUAAUCAGCUUCUUACUUUCCAUUUACCACCAUACAUUAUGGAGCCUGUCAUAUUGAGGUGCCAGGUGGGAAACAUUGUGGGAGUCAUUAAUAUGAAAUACUUUGAUCUGUUAAGCACCAGCGGUCUUUUUACAACAGUGUCAAACAGGAUGUGGCAGGAAAUACAGUCAGAUUACUGUUAUAUAAUAAUAAAUUCAGAAAAAAAUCUUGAUUAUUGAUCAAUAACAGCAGAUAUUCUGUAUGUUGUUAUAUGUAUUAAAUGUAUUUUAAAUCUAAAAAUGUUUUCUUUUUUUCUUUUUAUACAGAAGUACUAGUUGGCCUACUGACUACUGACUACAAUUACGUCUAAGUUUUUGUUGGAUUGAAAUUCAACCACUUGUCAUGACUCCAAAGUGCAAAGCUGAAUGCUAUCUAACAAGUCAACAUGACCAGGAAACCCUAAACUUAUUGAAACAGUGCUUUUCACAUGUGCUCAUUAUUUCUAUUUCCCCCCUCCAGCUUGCUCACUGGCGGCCAGCAGACUCCUCAAAAUCCAGGGAAGGUCGAGAAGUGCGCCGGUGGUUGGAGGUUUAUUCGCGCAGCGCCUGUGAGCCUCGGGACACUCUGGUGGAGGUUUGGCGGGAGUUGCCGGCGGAGACGCACCAUCUCUUCGUCCCAUCCUGUGUGUCGGUGAGGCGAUGUGGUGGCUGCUGUGCUGAUGAGGCCCUGGAGUGUGUUCCUUCGCUCACACACACACUCACCAUGGAACUGAUGAGGACCUCCUUCUUGAAACAUGAGCUCAUGGAGCUGUCGUUCGUCGAGCACAGUCAGUGUGAGUGCAGAUUAAAGGAAGAAAUCCAGCCAACACCUACAAUAAGGCACUUUCUGAAGCCAACAAGAACAGACAAGAAAAAAGAGAGAAGGAAGUCCAGGCAGAAGACAAGUGGCACCAUCAGAGCUGCGACUCAUGCUCCCCCAACUCUUCCUCCCCCAUCCACCCCUCCUCCUACAUCGCCUCAUCCUCCAUCACACCCGCCCACCAGCCUUACUCCCUCUCCGUCGCCAUCUCCGACGUCUCGUUGCCGCCCCUGCAGAGGGAGGAAGUGGGCACUGGAUGCGACGUCUUGCCAGUGCCGCUGCACCAUCACAGCCGAGAGCUGCAGCCGAAAAGAGCGUACGCUCAACCCUCGCCGCUGUCGGUGUGAUGCCAUGAGGACUUGAUGUGUCUGCUCACUUUCUUUUCACCUCCUUCUUUCCACCCACCCCUGUUGAUUCAUUGCCCGCUCUAUGCAUCAGCGCCAUGGAGCAUACAGACGCUUGGACAUCCAGAAACCUCAGACUGAAGGAUAUAUUAACGGAAGCACACACAAGAACCUGUAGCAGUGCUCUUAGUUAAGCAACACGUGCAGCAUUAUAGCCGGAAUAUAGAUCUACGUAUGCAUGUGCAGCCAAACAUCUUACCACUUCCUCUUCAUCUGUGGCAAAGCUUUUGUCAGUCCACAUGAACAUGCGUGUCCAGACAUGUAGAGUCACAGACGCAUCCCAUGAGUGGAGGGAUGAAGUGGCAGCUUAAUGGCAACUUUGAGAGACACGGAUUUCAGAAGAAUUCUGUCUCGGUGGACACAAUCACUGGAACUCCUGCUCUACUGUGAUUUGGAGGUUCUUUUGCUCUGAACUAAUGAUACAAGAGAGCAGUGUACACUUGACUGAUUAUACAAGAACAAUGGAUAGGACGUCGGUCGGUCUUACGCAAGAGUCCUACGUGUUGACGCUUCAGUGUCAAGGCCAAUUUUUUGUGUGGAGGAUUUGAAAAGCGACCAUAACAGAUUAUAGAUGUGCACGUCCACAUUCAGGCAUACCAGAAGGACAUAGGACAUGCACAUGAACUGGCACCCCAGUGUGCGUGGGCCUAUAGCUGAGCUGAAUGCUGGCAUGGAGAGUAUCUGUGUGGUCUCUACACUGAAAGACCCAGAUGGGAUAUCCCUGCAGCCGUUCUCUCUCAUUCAAAGCGUAUGACCAUGGGCUGGCUCGCCAAGCCGCUUUCCGGCAUUUGUUUUAUUUGGGUCUUUUGUCUCCAUCUUCCCUUGGCUCCUGGAUUGAAAGCAGCCGCUUUGCCUCUCUUUGCCUCUCUUUUAGGCAGUGAGGAGAAUGAUAAUAAUGAGGCCUGGCGGCUGUCCACUGCUUCACACACACACACACAAACAUUCACACUUCUAAUUCUGGGAACACAGACAACACUGCAAAUGCAGACACACACAGCCUCACUCACUCUGUGCUAUAGCAGGCACACAUACAUUCAUAUUUACACACACACACACACACACACAUAUACACACACACAAUGUGAAAUGAAUGCAGGUAGGCACAAUGCACGCAAUUAUCCACAUUUUAGUAGUUUAUAUUUGCAAUUUACUGCAAAGUCUUCAUUUAAUAUUGUAUUAUAUGCCUCUGUUUUAUAUUUUAUUUUAAUUCUGUCAAGUUGAUUGAAAAUUCUAUAUUGUAGAAUGUGAGUCUUUGUUUUGUUUGUUCAUCUUUAACUGUCUGCAUAAAGAGUCACGCUGGGUGGCCUUCUAUGUAUACAGUCAGCAUCUAAACUGAUACCCAAAUGUAUUGAAUUCAAACAGACACGGCUCACACAGGCCACAAAUGGGAGACUAUAUACAUUAUAAUGUGUAAUUCAAACAAUAAGCAGGGCAGUGUUGUCCGCAGCACAUAGAAAAGAAGCUAAUAGCCGUUCACAGUGCAGUGAAUGAACACAUGGCUGUUUUUGUUGCAUGUGACAGCUGGGAUGGAAAGAGUAUUAUUCAUUUGGAACAUAACUUGUUUGUAUUCUGACCGAAUCUCACGGUUUAACUCCAUGUUAGCUCAUGACUGCUUGGCCGUUGGGUGGGAACCUUGACUUGAAUUCAGAAAGGACGAGGUCUUGAGCAGCUUGUCAGUCAGCGUGACGGGCCAGAGCUCAGAGGACCCAUUAUGACGGGUCAUGGAGUUUAAACCCGUCUUUUGACUCUCAUUCAGACACUUCGUCAAGUGCAUGAUUUCCUGAGAGCAUUUUGCCAGUGACAUCUUAUCAUUCUGACAAACAGUAUAUUUGGAAUUCCAUAAUUAAUGUCGCUACUCUACCCAGGAUGUAUACGAUCCUGCUGAUUAAAACCUGAAUCAUUUGUGGGUCAGCCUUGAGCUAAAGAACUUUGUUUCGGUGGCUGGUGUGAUAAACUCUGUAUUUAUACUCCUGAGAUUAGAUUAUUUUUCCACGCUUGAGUCCAUUGUUCAGUGUUUGCUAUUCCUGUCAAUCAAUGCUUCAAUCACUACCUCUAUAUCACAACAUAUUAAUGACCAAGUAUUAGAGCCUUGUUGUUACUUUCUCUUGAGUUAUUUCAGACCUCUUUUAAGAUAAGACAUUUUUAUAUUUACAUUUAGCAACAAGCACAGUUUAAUGUAGAUAUGUGGAGCUGCAGCAGAUAUGUAGUGAUAAUUACUGGUUUAGAGGAACCUAUAGGAGUUUUGUGUGUCCGUCUUAAUAAUCAGAUGUGAAGCAUUUUUCAUAUGAGGAGAACUGAACUGGUCCUCUGAGUACAGACCAGACACUGUGUGAUAAUGUGGAACAGGAGAAGGUCCCCCAAAGUGUUUGUUGCCUCAAACUACUGGUGAUGUUGAAGUCUUGGCUUUAAAUGAGAUGUUUGCCAUUUUGGGACAUACACUCAUUCCCUUUCUUGCUUUGAGUUAAAAAAGAAGAUCGAUAGCACACUGACUGCUGCUCCAGCUUCACUAAUUUGAAGCUGGAGCAUCAAUCAGUAAGCUUAGCUUAGCAUAAAGACUGGAAAGAGGGGGAAACAGCUAGCCUUAAUUAUUUGCCAAUUUUCUAGCCUUCAUUUUUUGUAUAAUGUUGCGUUUUGUGGACAAAUGUUUUGGGGAAUCUAAGAGUCCCUGCACCUCAGUAUAGAUUGCACUGUGUUUCAGACUGUAAAGUACACACUUUACAUUAGUCCACUGAUAAAAACAUCACCUAAAGGAGCAAAUGGACUCAGAAUGAAAAGUUCUGCUCACACAGAUAUGUACGACAUAUCAAAGACAUUCCACCUAAAAGAGUUGUGGCGCUGAGAUCUCUUUUUUAGGCACUCUGGGGCUCCAGUGUUUAUUUCUUGUUACCAAAUUCUUUUAUUUCAAAGUACAAAUUCUGAACAAUAAGAGCAACAACAGCAAAUUGCCUUCAGAACCGUACUGGGAGACCAGGCUUCCCAGGACCAUUUGCUGCAGGUUGUCUCCUUUCUCUCCACCCUCAGCUAUCAAAGAAAAAACAUGCCCCCAAAACACUAUCUUCAAAAAAGAAAGCAUUCGUAUCUGCUAUUGCCGCCCAUCCUUUCAACGUCACAACUCUUUAAGAUGUACAACUUGGACAUAUUAAUAUCCUAUUCAAACGUCCUGAUCCUGUGUCAGUAUCAAACAUCAGUGUGCUUUGUAUCUGCACAGUCUACAUUGUACUGUAAAGGUAGCCCUGUUCUAGCCUCCAGUGUCUUAGCCUAUAGAGACCACUCACUAAACUAUAUCAUAUUUUAUAAUCUCUAACCUGACCUUGUGUAUGACGUCGUGCAUACUUUAGAGAUGUAUUUGUCACUUCAUUUUAGCUAAACCUUGCAAUGAAUCUCUUCGCUGCCAAUACGUUGUACUACUGUAGCCUAUGUAUAAAGAAAACACUCUUUUUUUGCUGCUACACCAUUUGUGCCCUUUUAUGAUGUCUUUGUAGAAAACAAUGCAGUCUUAUGUUGUAUUAGUAUAUAAAUGCCAAUUAAUUGAUUCAAUGUCCACAUGGAAGUCUAUACUAAAUCGUCAAAUAUAUUGAAAAUGAUACCAGGAUACAACCGUGAUGUUACAUAUAUUAUUAAAGGAAAUGUCAUAUUUUUCAUAUAAAACUCUUGCUUUCUUCCUGUCACUGUUUAUCCUCUCUAACGUCCGUCUGCUCUGACGUCAUCUCCCCCAUCUCUUUGUUUUAAUCUCUCCUUUGACGAUAAUGAAAGGUAAACAGACACUUUUGAUUACAGUGACACCCUGGGAGUUGGGUACGGAUAAAGUGCGUGUGUGAUGUGUCGUGGUGUUAUGAGACAUAAUAUUGCUCCCUCUCCUCCUCUCGUUUAUACUGCUGAGUCAGAAGCUGGUCUAGUACAAAGGUGUGCAGCCACACACAAAAGUUCAUUUACUCAAGGGCAGUUAUGAGUCACUUCAACUUACUCAAUACUUCUACUCCACUUCAUUUCAGAGCCAAAUGUUGGACUUUUUAUUUAUUUGAGACAGUUAUCUAACAUAUCAUGUUUUAACAUUUGCAAGGGUCAUUCUGCUGUGUCAAGAUUAUAACAAAAACAAGUUUUUAUUUAUUUUUACAUUAUAGGGUUACUUACUGAUUUUUAAAUAACCAUAUUCAUCUUUUACAGAUGAAAACUUAAGUUUAUAAGCACUAAUUGCUUAGUUAUUGCACUCAGGGGUUUUGCCGCUGUAUGCCGGUAUGACCAAUAGGUUAUGGCGCUAAUGAGCAACUUUAGAAAAACUGCUAUUUAUGUGGAACUGAGUUGCUUCACUCUCUACUUUUGCUAUUAUGACCUGAUUGUCAGCAGUUACCCAAAAUUACCAGUUGUGGCCAUAAUAGUUGCUGUUCAACUAAAGUUUCAGUGUGGUUUGUGUUUCUGUGAGAGAUGGGGAGAUAAAGAUUGUGUCUGUGUACUCUCUUCUUUGCUAUUGCUGGCACUUUAUAUCUUCUUGGCAUGGAUUGUGAUAGAUGUGACGAUGAUGACGAUGUUGAUGAGGAUAAUGAUGAUGAAAGUGGCUGGCAAAUUUGAUGUUUGUUCCCAAAUUAUCAUCUCACAUUACAGAGCAGACUUUAGACCAAAGGACGGGUGAUAUGUUAAUGACUAUGCUCAUUUGUAUGAGCUAUAAAUUGAUACGCUUCCAUGACAAUAUUAUUGUGUUAUAAUGAUUGAUGGCGUUCAUAUUAGCCGAAUUUGGCCAUCGUGACUCUACAGUGUGAAGAAGAGAAGAGAGGAUGAAAGAGGAGAGGAGAGGAAAGAGAAGCUAAUUGCUGCUGCCAACCUAUCUGUCUGGAAGGGCAUUCUGCCAGUACUAAAUAUAGCUGCAAGAUUAGGGAGACAGAGAGAGGGAGAAAGAGAAAAGGGCAUAGUGAGUCAUCCAUCACGAUACAGAAAAGAUGCUUUUACUCCAAAAUCAGCUUUUUAAAGCUAUGUGCAUGUCAGAAACCCCCAAAGAUAUGUAAUUGUACGGAUGAAUAAAAAUGGAGAGGCAGAAGCGCUGCACAGAAUUUCA